AUGGCAACCGUCAGGAUUCUCUUUCUUAUUCUGGCCUUCCCACUGAGCGCUUGCGGCGACGUCCGGGCCAGAGACCCCGAGGUGGAGCAGGAGGAGGACGAAGAUUGGGGGGACGCGACGGGUGUUGUCGGUGCCACCGAGGAGACCCCCCUCAUGCAGGAUGGGGGAAACUACCCGGCCCGAAGUGGGAACUGGUGCGCAUUUGUUCAGAAACGAAUGGUGAGCAUGGCGGUAGCGUGCGGGACGGAGAAGUACACCAUCAAGUCCCAAAGUCCGUGUCCCAGCGGAACGCCGGACUGUCAUUUGGUCAUGUACAAGCUGUCCACUCGUCCGCUCUAUAAGCAGAAGCAGAAGGUGAUCACAGCUCUGUUGUGGAGAUGCUGUCCCGGACACGGAGGAGACAACUGUGAUGACACAGGCAUAUUACCGCAUCAGCUAAACCCGAACAGAGAGCAGAAUGACCACCAGGGGGCUGUCAACACAUCACACAAUGUCAGUAAAGCAACGUAUCCUGUGCAUUUGCCAAACCAGGACCACGUUCACCGCCAGGAGCACAAUCAUCAUCCUGAACAUGUUCUAAACCAGGACCAUUUUCAGCAUCCUAUCCAUGUACCGAACUUGAACCACGUUCAGUAUCCUGUCCAUGUACCAAACCGGGACCACACUCAGCAUUCGGGACACGUGCCAAACCAAGACCACGUUCAGUAUCCUGUCUAUAGACCAAACUGGGACCAAACUCAGCAUACCGGGCAAGUCCCAAACCAGGACCACAUUCAGUAUCCAGUCCUUGUCCAGGAACGGGACACCGCUCAGAAUCCUAUUCCUGUCCACAAACAGGACCACGUGCCACCCAGGAAACAUGAGCAUCAGGAGCACCUGCGUCUUGGACUACCCGCGUCCCAUCCCGAUGCGGCGCUAGCCCUCCCCCACACGGUGGCGCUCCUGAUGUCGCAGCUGCAGCCCACCCUGCAGCACUUCAACCGCUCGUUGGAGCGGCUGGAACAACGGAUGGACGAACUGGCCCGCGACGCUGCUCGCCUGGAGGAUGCCCGGCGCCGGCGGGAGGAAGACGAAGCCGAGCGGCGGAAGCGAGUGGACGCCGAAGUGGAGCGUGGUGCCCAGCAGGUGGCUGAGCUUCGGAGGGAGCUGGAGAGUAGGCUGCACUCACAACGUGCCAUGCUGCAUUUCAACAUCAGCAACUUCAAGACGGAUUUGGACCUUAAAAUCAAGCGGCACAACAAGAUGCUGCAGGCUAGUUUGCAAGCUAUGAAUGCCACUCUGGCAGAGAUCAAGCUGGACCAGGAAAUGGAGCAAGAACAGCAACAGGACCAGGAAGUGGAGGCGGACCCCGUAAUGCCACAGAGCUCCGCCUCCUCCACCGCCAUUUGGGAGGCCAUCGAACGUCUGGACAGGAUGGUGGUCAACAACACCGUCAAGGUGGACAACCUGGCGGAGGAGCUCGCGGUGACGUCGGACGGUUUGGAGGGGCUGCGGCGUGCGAACCAGGGGCUGGGAGAGCGCAUCAAGCAGGUGGCGCGCGACGGCCAGGUGCGUUUCAUGGAGACGGGUCUGGAGGUGGAGGCGGCCAAAGUGGCGGUUCUGGACCGCGUGGAGCAGCUGGCGGGCAACCUGAGCCGCCAGGGCCAGCGCCUCCACGAGAUGGACGUCGACGUGGACUACCUCUACAACACCCUCUACAAGAACGCCUCCUCGUCGUGUGACUGCCAGCAUUUGGACGAGGCACUAGCCCAGCUGGAGAGGGGCGUGGCUAAUGUGACAGAGCUAGCAAAUGAGCAGAGUCUGAUUUUGGAGGAGGCGCGGAGGGCGGCGAGCAAACGGGAGGCAGCCAUGGAAGCGGUGCGCGUUAGCCUAGAGCAGUUGGAGGAGCAGAUCACGUCGAAAGAGGAAAGGACGGGCACCUUGGAGGAAGCCGUGCGUCUACUGUCCGUCCAGCUGCAGGACAAGCGGGUGUCAGACGGCGCGCCCCCGUCAGCCGGGGAGCCGUCAGAAGAAGUGAAACGUGUGCAGAUGGAGAUGAAGCGUCUAUCGGCGUCCUUCAACUCGCUGCUGAAGGACGCCAUCCGCCACAGCGACGUUCUGGAGAUCCUGCUGGGCGAGGAGGUCCUGGAGUUCCUGGAGUGGCCCGUUCACGACCAGGAGGCGCACUCCAUCCCCGCGAUCAGGGAGGACAUAAGGAGCCUAAGGCAGAGCCUCCAGCAAGGAACAGGCGAGGCAGAAGAGGCGCUUUCAGCGGACGAGCCUUCGUCCCGGUGGCCCGACGACACGGCGAAGAACCGCGAAUUUGCCGGCCAAGGAGGAGCAAGAACCUCCGGGGAGUCCCCUCGACCUCCCGGGGGCGACGGCGGCGACUUGUGGAAGCUGGAAAAGAGCGUGGAGGAGCUCAAGUUGAAGAUGAAGGAUGACGACGACGAAGCGGCGAUGCUGCGGACAGAGGUGGCGCGCCUCAAGAGAGGCUUGGAGGAACAUCUCCGGACCUUCAAGAUCAUCUUCAGUAACGCCGACGUGCUGGAGAGAAGCCACGCCCCGCUAGAGCUGGACAAGCUCUACCAAAUGAUGUCCGACAAGGAGAAGAAGAAGCGAGGAAGCGCCAGAAACGGACGUCGCAAUCGGAGGGACACCUAA